AGUCGGAGACCAGAAAAUAAAAUAAUAAUAAUAAUAAUAAUAAACGAAAAAGAGGAAGAAAACACGCACAAAUUCCAGACGCCUUCCGACUUUCUUUUUGAGCUCUUAGAAAGGUAAUCGAAUUGACUCCAAUUACGAUACAAGGAAUCAUCAUCAUACUCCUCGUUUUUGUUAUCGAGAAAGCAGAGAUUUCAGAGGGGAUUUCUAGGGUUUAGAGAGGAGCAUAAAUGAAGGCGAUGGAGACGAUUCAGGAUCUGAUCGAGGAGGCUAAGGUUCGGACGGUUUGGUGGGCUCUCUGUAUUUUUGCUGUCACUUACUUCUUAUCUCAUACAAGUUCUUCGAUGUGGAUAAAUCUACCUAUAUCUGUUCUUUUGGUUUCUGCAUCACGAAUAUUGUCAAAUGAGGUGGAGUUCAGCUGGAAAGCUCGCCGGUCGACCUGUCCACAAUCUUAUUUGUCUCAUUUGGAGAAGAAACAACUGUCUGUGAAUGAUUCACGGCUUUGUUCUGCACCUCUUCCUCAAAGAUGGAAAAGAAAAAUUGAUUCUCCAAUUGUGGAGGCUGCAAUCAAUGAUCUCAUUGAUAAAAUUUUGAAGGAUUUUGUUGUAGAUUUGUGGUAUUCAGAAAUUACACCCGACAAGGAGGCACCUGAGUUAAUGCGUGCAGUGAUCAUGGAUGCUAUUGGUGAAAUAUCAGGAAGGAUUAAGGAAAUAAACCUUGUUGACCUGCUAACAAGGGAUAUAAUUGAUUUAAUAGGGGAUCACUUGGACCUUUUUAGACGAAAUCAAGCUGCAAUAGGUGCUGAUGUAAUGGGAAUACUUUCUACUGAUGAGAGAGAUGAAAGGUUGAAGCACCAUCUAAUGGCUUCUAAGGAGCUUCAUCCUGCACUGAUAUCACCUGAGAGUGAGUACAAGGUUAUGCAGCGCCUAAUUGGUGGAGUUUUAGCUGUAGUGCUAAGACCUCGCGAGUCUCAAUGCCCCCUGGUUCGAACUAUUGCUCGAGAGCUUGUAACUUGCUUGAUCUUGCAGCCUGUAAUGGGUCUUGCAAGCCCUGUUUAUAUCAAUGAGAUCAUUGAAUAUGUUUUGCUUGCUAUUAAAGAUGGUAACAUAAUGGAGGUAAGUGGUGAUCAGUCUGCUGGGGGUGUACAUAACAGCGAUUCGUCCUCGAGCAAAUAUUCAUCCAUAAAUAGUCAAAAGACUAAUGUUGUUGGUUAUGAAAAGAACUUCCAAGGGACUGUCAUGACUUUGGCUAAAAUUGACGAUCAUAAAGAAACAUUGUUGGAUUGUGACCCAAACCAGCAAGAGCUUUUGCAGCCACGUCACGCAGAGUGGGCACGGAUACUAGAGGCGGCAACACAGAGAAGAACUGAAGUUCUUACACCUGAAAAUCUUGAAAACAUGUGGACAAAAGGAAGAAAUUAUAAAAAGAAAGAGACCAAAAACCUUAAAGCGGCUGUUGAGCAGUCUAUGGCAAAGGCUUCUGUGACAAAUAACAAAGAGCCUCCUAAAAAUGCAGGGAAGAAAAUUUUAACAAAUAGUGACAUAAUUUCUGCAGGAUCAGAGGAGAAAGCUAUAGUGCAUCUAACACCUCGAUUAAGUCAUGAUGCUUUACCAAGUGAUGAGAAUAAAAAUGGGAAGCAGUUUACUCUGGACCAUAAUGAGGAGUAUUCUUUUGAGAGAGAGCAUGCUGGAGAUGAAUUGGAUAGCACUAGUAAUUCCUCUGUGAAUGGAAAUAAAAGCAGACUUAAGAGAUCCAAUAGCACUUCUGCUUUGAAAGCCCAGCCUGUUGAAAAAAAGCCCUUUACAGGAGAUGGCAGAGGAUCCCUUAUUUCAGAGUUCUAUGCCCCGGAUUAUGAUAGGCCUAGUGAAUAUCAUGCCGUUAAGAAGGUCUCAGAUGUAAUACUUCGCAGUGCAGGACCUCAUGUUCCUAAUCCUAAGUUGAGGUGUCGGGUUAUGGGAGCAUAUUUUGAGAAACUUGGAUCAAACUCUUUUGCAGUUUAUUCCAUUGCAGUAACAGAUGCAGAAAACAGAACUUGGUUUGUGAAAAGAAGAUACAGGAAUUUUGAGAGACUACAUCGCCAUCUUAAGGACAUUCCUAAUUACACAUUACACUUGCCUCCCAAAAGGAUAUUUUCAUCAAGCACAGAGGAUGCCUUUGUUCAUCAACGUUGCAUUCAGCUUGAUAAAUAUUUGCAAGAUCUUUUAUCUAUAGCUAACAUUGCCGAACAGCAUGAAGUGUGGGAUUUCCUAAGUGUUUCCUCCAAGAAUUACUCCUUUGGGAAAUCUUCAUCUGUGAUGAGAACUCUGGCAGUCAAUGUGGAUGAUGCUGUGGAUGAUAUUGUGCGCCAAUUUAAAGGGGUUUCAGAUGGCUUAAUGCGAAAGGUUGUUGGUUCGCCAUCCCUCCUCGAUGAACCCAAUUCUUCAAUCUGCAGCAGUACCCUAUCAUGGCAUGCAGAUGAGAGCAAUAAAACUGUUUCAAGGCAAGAUACAUCAGAAACUUUAAACAGCUUUUCUGAUAAUGAAGAAAGUUCUAUUCAAGAAAGCCAAAAGCAGGAGGGAGGAUCCGGUGAACCAGCUAAUGGUUGGCAUUCAGAUAAUGAAUUAAAUUCGAAGGGUUUUCCACCUCGAGUGAUCAAGCGUGAUGAGGAUCCCUUAGGUGCACAGAAGAAACACUGUCCAGAGUCAAAAUCUGAUAGGGUUAAUCGAGGUGGGUUUUCUGCAGCUGCAACUUCCAGUCAAAUUGAGGAUCCAGUUGGAAUGCCACCUGAGUGGACACCACCUAAUGUAAGUGUACCUCUUCUAAAUCUAGUUGAUAAGGUAUUCCAGCUCAAGAGAAGAGGCUGGCUAAGAAGACAAGUCUUUUGGAUAUCAAAGCAAAUACUACAGUUGAUAAUGGAAGAUGCUAUUGAUGAUUGGCUCUUGAGGCAGAUUUAUUGGCUUCGGAGAGAGGACAUUGUUGCUCAAGGGAUUCGGUGGUUGCAAGAUGCUCUCUGGCCGGGUGGUACAUUCUUUACAAGAGUUGGGGUUAUGCAAGGCAAUGCUGAUGAUGCCCAAAUUAAUCCGACUCCUUUCCAGGUUAGCCAAUUCAGUGGCAGCAAGGCCUCUAAACAAAGUUCCUUUGAGGAGCAGCUUGAGGCUGCUCGUAGAGCAAGUGAUAUAAAAAAGAUGCUCUUUGAUGGAGCUCCUGCAGCCUUGGUUAGCUUGAUUGGUGCCAAGCAGUACAAACGCUGUGCAAGAGACAUUUUCUAUUUCACACAGUCUACUAUAUGUGUCAAGCAAGUUGCAUAUGCAAUACUUGAGCUAUUAUUUGUAUCAGUUUUCCCUGAGCUCCGAGAUCUUGUGCUGGAUAUUCAUGGGAAGACGCGUGUGCCACCUGCCUAGAAAAAAUAUAUGGUUUACGAAACUGAAAUUAUCCCAACAGCCAAGAAUGGCCAGACGACAUGAAUGUUUUCAAUGGCUUUUCUCACCAUAUGGAUUUUCAUUUGCUAGCCUGGUAAAAAUGCUGACAAGUGACACAUAUGGCAUUUUUUGGGCUGUAUGAUGUAGCAGUCCAGUUCAUUUUAUUCUAACUGUACAAAGUUUGGCAUUUAGGGUGUGUAUAGAAAUCUUUUGUGCAUAAUUAUGCUACUUAUCAAGAAAUUUCCCCCUGUGAAUGGGGAUUUUGUAAUGAGAUAGAAUUGGAGAUAUAGAUUCGGUGAUAUCAUUUGUUCAUUCAUGAUAGGUGGUUUUGUAAUUUGAGCUAAUUUCAUUCA